AUGCGUAAUCAUCGCGUGGAUUCCAAGAAUGUUGCAGAAAAUGUCAAGUUAGAGGUUGUAUACGAGUCCAACCCCAGUUUCGCUGGGGAAAGCAUACAAGUGUUACUUAGACUAAAACACGUAGGCUCACCCCAGACCAGAGACCAGCUCGAGCAUCAAAUACACAAACUCAAGCAGGAACAGGAGGAAAUGUAUAAAGAGGCGCAGGCCAACAAGAGACGCUCGUGGUCUGUGCAAACGAUCCUGGGACCUUUCACGCGAGAACAGAAGAAUCGACAGGAGGAAAUUCGGGUUCAAAUUACUCAAUUACAGAAGGAACUAAAUUUUCAUAACCCUGUUACUCUCACCUCAUGCUACGUCCAGAUAUACGGGCUUUUCCAGUACGAUCCGGAGGUUUUGAAUCCGCAAAGCUUUCAGCACCCAACCGACCACAAGCUAGCCGGGAUGGGCUCUUUAGCCAUUUCCACAAGAAAAGCCUCGGCGACACAGGGAUUUGCAGGUAUCCUCUUUUCCAACUUGGAGGAUGUGGCACGCGAAUCACUCGCGGCGCCCGAGGUAGAGAUGGCAAAAGUGCCUAUACUUUUGAUCCCACAAACGCUGAUAUUUUCGGAGGUCAUGUUGGAUCCAGGACAAACUAGAGCAUUCCAAUUCAAGUCUCCUCGCCUACCGCAGGAGCUGCCACCCUCAUACCAGACCUCAAAACGGUUGAAAAUACACUAUAUUCUGAACUUUGGUCUGACGGAGGUUAGAUCACAAAUUCUGAGCCCAUUCAACGCGGAUUUCAAUAUUCAUAUUUGUCCGUUUUUGGAUCGCAACGGCCGGCAAUUUACGUCUAAGCUGGAUUCAGAUAUCACUAUCACGGCGCCUGGCCGCGCUAAGGAAAUUAAAGACAGUCCACGAACUCGGAGGAAGUCUAGUUCUUCCAUUCUACUCAGACGCAAAAGUUCGAUGAUAUCUGUGUCCUCGAUGGAAGAUAAAAAUAACAUAAACUCGGAGUGCAAGGAAGUUUUUAAGGGGUUGGUGAGAGACCACGCAUCCUCUGCGGAACUGAAUGACGGAAGAGAAGGAUUGGUCGAUCAAUUGAUGGAGUGCCAGUUUCGAGACGGCAACUACGAUACUUCAGAGGAAGAUGAUUCUGGUACAGCACAAGAGAGUAACCAGAGUCCCAUAAAGAGAGAUGCUGUUUCUGUGCGGGACAACUUGAGUACAGCAUUUCGAGAGUUUGUUGAUGCAGGCUGGUCUGAAGAGAAUAGGGGUGACAUUAAGCCAUCCGAUACUGAAGAUUUUGUUCCACAGCUCAGUAAUCGCCAGAACGAGUAUGUAAUUAAUCGAAACGGGGCGUUCAUCGCUAAGGUAGUUUUGUCAGAUCCUUUUCACACGACUGCUGACAAUAUCGAUUUGACGAUCCAUUUUGCAACCGAAGGGAAAUAUAAAACUUCGGCAGUAACAACCUCUCUCAAAUCAUUCGAGCUAGUUAAUCCAAAAUACGCUCUCGAAACAUCCUCACAGGUGGUUAAGCAGCAGGGAAAAACUAUGGACGAAUGUCGAAGCAUUUGCUUCGAAGACACAUCUGUGAUACACAUGAAACUUUUACCUCAAAAAUCCCCUAAUAAUCUAAUGACGAGUCAAUUCAAAUCAGACAUAUUUCAGUUUAAGUGGAUGCUCUGUGUAAAGUUUGUUUUGAUCGAUCGAGCAGAGAGCUUAGACUUAUUGCAAGAAUUUUACGAAGACAAAAAUGGUGUCCUGUCUCAUGCGAAACAGUCCCUAGAGGGCGAGGAGUUCCUUUGCCACAUUCCACUGACUAUUCUCCCAACUGCUAAAAGUUUUGCAGGCUGGUAA